AUGGUAAUUGUAGCCAGUUCUAAUAUGCUACGACCGGAUCGAAUAUGGCUCUGUGGGAAAUAUCAAACUGCCAGAACACUCUAUGUGGUGGGAAACAAGUCAAAACGUCGAAAUCCGUCACUAGAGGAUUGGGCACGGCUGGAUUCCGAUCGAAAAAUGAAGUUGCAACAACAAGAAUAUAACAGAAAACUCAAAGAACUCAAGAAUUUGACUGCUAAUGUGUCCAAAAUGAUAAGCAAGAAGAGUGAAAAGGAAGUAGAGCGGUCACAAAUACAGAGCACUGAACCUUCACCAGAAACCCUGACACAGCUAACUCAAAAAAACGAUUCCCAACGACUUGACUUUCUUGCUAAAAAAUCGCUUUUCAUUCCCGUGGUAGAUAUUCCAGCCUCGGUAUCCGAUCGUAUUGGUCUCGCUUUCAAGUAUUUGGUAUCGAAAAGUAGCCAAAAUUGGAGUAUGGUUUUGGACCAGCUAGAAAAAAAUGGUGGUUUCAAAGAUAUUCCAUCAAAAGACAUACGAAAGUUUGUAUACCAGAUCCCAAAGCCCCAUAUUCCUCCUAUUAUCUCAAGACUAAAAAAGAUGCAUCAUGAUGCUGGGGUGCCAGUUUCGCCGAAAUUGGUUAAUGUCUUCAUCGACUCGCUUUUGUUAUCACCUUCGAUUCCAUCGAGCGUCAUGAGUCAGAUAGAAUCUUAUUGCGAUUCGAUUCGCUCUACUUCGAAAAAAGGCAGACUUCCCCGUGAAACCUACGAACUUUUGAUUAGAGCGUAUGGUAAGAACUCCAAUUUGGAAAUGGUGAAUUCAAUCCUAACUGAAAUGAAACAAGUUGGCUUACAGCCAUCGAAGAAUACUUUCGAAAACAUACUUGCCACAUCUGUAUAUAAGUCCAAGGACCACAAGCAAGCAGUCGAAGUAUUCGAUACAAUGAAGUUCCUAUCUGACAAGACGAAACCAGCAGAAAGGGCCUACAGAGACAUUAUUGUCUCGUACGUUAACAACGAUGAUAUCGAGAAAGCAUUGGAUCUCUAUAACGAAAUGGUUGAAAACAAGGUUGAAGUUUCUCAACAAAUCAUGGUGGCUCUUGCUAGAGGAUGUAUUUCAAGACCAGAGCUCAAAGUCAAAGCGUGGGAGUUCAUCUUUGAAAUUUACAAUCAGAAAUGGGAACCUACCAUACAGACUCUCGAAUAUGUUCUUUACUUGGCAGCAAAGGACGGCGACGUGGCAUUGUGCAGAGCCCUCGUCAACAAAUUGAGUGAGACUUCUUCUGUAACAGUUCGCUCGUUUUCUUUCUUAUUGCUUGGGUAUUCGAAAAGUUCCUUAUACAAUGAGUCUCCAUCUAUUCCUCCAAUUUUGGCGCAUGAGAAUGGUAUUAGAUUUCGUCGAAACAUAUUGGCUGAUUCUUCGUAUGCUCCUUCUAGCGAGUCGAGUCUUCCUUUCCUCCCAGUACUUGAUUUAGUUACCGAAAAGGAAAUCUUAGCGGAAUCGAGUGCCAUGUGGGCAUAUGCAAACACUAUACGUCCUGACCUCAUCAAUAUUGAAAGUGCUAACACCUACUUGAAUAUUGGUGCUAAGUUUGGCUCGCUCAAAGAAUUCCUUGACCGGUACAACUCUGCAACACUACUUGAUCGUCAAGGAGUUCCUGAUACAAGAGUUAUUGAGGAUGAGAACUUGGCAGAGGUCCUGGUUAUGGAUUAUACCUCCACCGCUUCUGUGCGCUCGCCGCUCUUGGAUAGGAACCACACCUUGAAGGUUCCGCGAGACGAUAUGACAUACCUUAUUGCAUUAAAGGCGGCAAGCAAGGCAAGAAACUAUGAAUUUUCGCAAGAGGUUUGGUCUGAAAGAGGUUUAUAUCGGAAGAGCGAUAGGAUAAGACUAAGUCAAGAGCAGAAAAGGACAAACUUGAUUUUCAAUUUGCAGCUGCUAUGGUCUCAGCUUUGA